UCUUAGGAAGGGGAUUCUCCCCAAGAUGGCGCGUCCUGCUUUAAGGGGUUCGGGGGGUGGAGCCUGUACCCCCGCCGGCUCCCUGGAUUAUUGCUUGGCCCAGCUGCAGAGGGGGGCCGAGCCAGGGCUGGGCAAGGCCUUAUUGGCCCUCAGAACCCAGCACAUCAAGGAAGCGAAGGGCAUUGCCCGUUUCAGGACCCACGGGGGGCUGGCGCCACUUUUGGGGAUCCUAUCCGGCUCCCCGCGAUCGCGCCGCACUUUGGAUCUGGCCCUCAGCAUCUUGGGCAACUGCUGCACCGAAGGGGGCAGCCGCACCCAUGUGCGCGAACUUGGGGGGAUCCCGCCGCUAGUUACUAUCCUGAAGUCGCUUGCUGUGGAAAGUAUCCUGAAUCGAGCAGCACGGGCACUCGGCAACUUGGCUAUAGAUUCAGAAAAUUGCCAGGCCAUCCAUGAAGCAGGAGCCGUGCCCCAACUAAUCCAGGUUCUCACUACCUCCCAGGACAGUGAAUGUUUGCAGAGUGUGAUCAGGGCCAUUCGCUAUCUGGCCAAUACUCCUGCUCAUCGUCUGGUGCUGGCCCAGCAGGGGGCGGUCCGCCCCAUAGCGGAGCGCUUGACUUCCUCCCUGGAGGAUGGGCCCCUGAUUGCAGCCGCGGUGCGCGCUCUCAUGGAGCUCUCAAAGGGCUGCAGUCGUGACUUUGCAGAGCAGCUCAGCUUGGGAGGCGGGAUAGCACCCCUUGUGGCCUUAGCUAGCCACGAGAAGCGGGUGGUGCAGGAAUCGGCCCUUGCGGUCCUGGCCAACCUCUGUCUGCAGGGCAUGCUGAGGCCAGCUAUAGGCAACGCUGGUGGGGUGGAGUUGCUAGUGGGGGAGAUCCAACGUCGGAGGGGAGCCAGAGCACCUGGCGCCUCCCUCUAUCCGCUGGUGAAAGCUUUGUGCCUCCUGUGCCGCGAGGCAGUUAAUCGGAGCCGGGUGCGUGAAACCGGAGGAUUAGAGUUACUGCUCUCUCUCUUGCGGGACCAAUGUCACAGCUAUUCACAUGCUCGGGUGGUGGUGGCUUUCUUGGCCUUUUUCUACGAUGAGGAAGCCCUGGGGAAGCUGCAGGCUGGAGGACUGGUGCCCUUGCUGGUUGGCAGGCUGGCGGCCCAGAGUGAGUGGGCAGGCCGGGAACAAGUGGAGGAGGAGAGGGAAGAACAUGAAGAUGAGAAAGAUGCGGCAUCGUUUGACUUCCCUGCUGAGGCGCGGCGAGGAGAGCAGGCUUUACCAGGAGCAGAGAGUUCCAGCUUUCAGAGCCUCAGAUCCUGGCUUGUCUCAGAAGGCUACAUUUCCAGUCCAGGAGAUCUUUCCCCCCAGUGGUCUCCUGACACCACCCUUUCUGAGUUGGAGGCCCAAGGAGAUAUUAGUCCCAGCCAAGAACUGCAAGAUGAGUCUAUAGAGCCUUGCCACAGCACAUCUGGGAUGAAAACCCAUUCUAGAGCCGAAUCUCCCGAUUUUUUACAUUCUUCUUUCUUGGAUUUGCCUCUUGGGGGCCAGGCCAGUCUUUCAGAGACUUUAAACUCAGCAACAAAAGGUGAAAUUCUUCCAGAUCACAAACUCAACCCUACAGUGGUAGUACCUUUGUCGGCUGAAUCUGAAAAUCUCCACCCAGAACCUAUCUUGAAGGUCCUACAAUCAGAGGGGAAUAAGGAGGAAAAAACAGACGGGGCCAAUAAGCUGCCAAAAGAGCUGGCGAUGUCAGGACUGGCAAAUUUAGAGGAGGAGGUUCUCUCUGGAGAUGAUAUCUUACAGCUGCCUUGUUCAUCCACGUCAAAGGAAAUGCCAAAUUCAGGAAAAAUAGAGGGACGAGCUGAAAAGUCCCCUUGGGUUGCCUUGGUAGCCGGCCAGAACAGCCCUGGGCCCAGCAACUCCAGUCCAUCGGUCGUGAUUCCAAGCAAUAGUGACAGAAUCCAGCUGUCACCUGGGCCUUUUGCCAAAUCCCUGGUUGCAGAGGAAGCGUGCUCUGUCCCUCCAAAACCAAAUGUUCAGGUUGUCCCAACUUCUUCCGAGGAGUACAAGACGCCCACCUCUUACUGGAAACGGCGCGCCAAGCUCCGCUCCUCCCUGGAGCAAAGCACACCGCCCGCUCAGGGCUUGUGCCCUGUCCCUGGGGCUUCAUCUCCCUGGCUCUCCUUGACCUUGCCCCUCUCUUUUUCUCCCCACGUGGGGGAUCCAGACUUCCAUGCUCCGGAAGCGCCGGCCCUGCUCCUCCUUUCCCGCUUUUCUCAAGCCGAGGAUCCUAGUCGGAGUUUGGUGACGCCGGACACACUGCAAGGACUGUUGCGUUACAUCACUGGGAGUCCUUCCCCUUCCUCCCGCUGCCUUCGGCUGCUGCACCGUCUCACCUGCAAUCCGGCUUGCCUAGAAGCCUUUGUGCGCUCCCACGGGCCCUCGCUUAUCAGGGCUUGGUUGAUACUGGGUGUAUCCCCUGAGCAAGCAGCUACUGCCAUCACUGGGGAAGCCGAAGAAGACGAGACAAGCGGUUUGGAUGAUCCCGGGAGAUUCAAGGAACUUGGAGAGACGCUACUGAUGAACCUCUGCGUGCAGGCAGAGUCCCCCUUUGGCGUGGGGGUUCUCACUCACAUGCUGCUGUCAGGCUGCGAAUCAGACCAAGCAGCCUCUGCACUGGCGUUGCCCCUGAUUUGCCGGAAGGAUUCUGUUUGUCGGAAGCUGCUGGUGGGCCUCUCUGGCCUGCGGAUCUUGCUAGGGGUCCUGGCGAGGGACCCCGAACCCUAUUUUGUCUUCUAUACCUCCGACGCUCUUUCCCUCCUCCUGAGCUCCCAAGCUCCAUCUCCUGCUUCUGUGUCGUCUCCUGCCUUGAAGCGGCCCCGCCUGGAUUCCCCACAGCGUUGCCCUUACUCUCGCAUCGUGGAAGAAGGUGGGGCCGACGUGUUCUUCCAGCUGGACUCUGGCUGCAGGGUACCCGCCGUGCGAAAGGUGAUCAGCGCUGCUUCUGAGGUCUUCCAGGCCAUGCUAAGUGGAGGCUUUGCAGAGUCAUCUCACACCACUGUGACUCUUCGUGACGUGUUGCCAGAACCUUUCCUGGCUCUGGCCCAUUUCCUCCAUGGCUGUCGUGGGAAGCCCUGCCAGGUCCUGGGGAUGCCGUUCCCCCUCGCUUUAGCGGAAGAAAUCUUGGUGGUGGCUGAACAGUAUCUCCUCCCAGACCUCCAGUCCUUGGUGGACGAGGCGUUGUGCCAAGACUCUCUCUGCCCUGGGACUCUCGGGGAGGUGUACCGGCUGGCCGAGCAGCAGAACCGGCCCUGUCUCCUUCGGAAUUGUGUGACAUCCAUUUUCACUAGGGAGGGGUCGACCCCCACCCAUCGAGCUGCUGCCCUGGCAGAGCUGCUCCGAUCUGCUGUAGAUCCCAGCAGUUUAGCUGCCAAGCUGCUCGGAGUGGUGUUGGAAUCUCCAUGGGGCAGUGGCUCGGAGGGCCAGCUAAGCUGACCUGUGGGUCAUUCUGUCUCCUCUUUCCCAGUUCUUACACAACAGCUGAUGCUGUUGUGUAUUGGGCAAGGGAGAGGGCGGUUGGAGUAUUAAACAAAUAAAUGACGAGGUGCUCGGAAAAGGGGAGUCUGGGUCAAUGGACGAUUCUGUAGUGGUCAGGACUUCAGGCGAGCAAGGAGGAAGAUGUGGGGCCAAGCACUGUUUGAUCAGUUGGGGGCGGAAAGGAAGAGGGCAGGUAUCAGAAAUAAGAUUUGCCUGGCAGCUGCUACACCACUGUUUUUUAAUCUCUCUAACUUUAAGAGGUGCGGAUUUCAACUCCCAGAAUUCUGACUGGGGAAUUCUGGGAGUUGAAGUCCACCCCUCUUAAAGUCAUAGAGGUUGAGAAACACUCUGCUAGACUAAACAACGUUAGGUAGAAGCCAUAGAACUCCUAUUCAGGAGCUUCGUGAAUCCUUCCUGUCGGAAAGGGACUCCUGCUUUUUGAUUGAUGGAAACUCAAAGGAGGAGGAGUCUCCUUUUAGCCAGGGGCCAGUUGUGAAAAGUGUCAGCUUUGAAUACAUAGCCUAUGGGGCAACCCUGUUCUAGUGCUAGUUAGUUCAGAAAUAAAUCCCAAUCUCAGAACUGGAGACAUUUCUUUUCCACCGUACACAGGAAGGAGAUUGUAGCAGAAGGAAACUUAAGUCAGCAGGAGUCUCUCAGGCACCUGAAGGAACCUGUAGAGGUUGAGAUGUUGUCUCCUUCCAGACGAGGCAAGGGAGCAGUUACCCCGAGAAUGUGGUCUAAAAAAAGUGGGGGGGAAGGCCCAAUUGUUUAGCCGGAACAAUAAAUGUAUUUUAACUGUUAUUGUACAUAGAGAAAUACAGAGAGGCAUGAAAUGCUCAA